GGAAAGCGGAAGAGGUCCUGCUAGGGGCGUCUGCUUCCUCGUACUUCUCCCUCUUGCUCCUUCGGGGUUGCUAUGGCGUCAAGGUUACUUCGGCUGUGUGGUGCCCUUCGGGGUCUGAGCGCGGGCCGCAAUUCCCUUGGCUCGGCUAGCCUCGGUCCGCUGCGUCUAUCGGGGGCCUCUCGUUCUAUGGGGGCUGGAGGUAUGCCAACUGAUGAAGAACAAGCUACAGGGUUGGAGAGAAAAGUUCUGAAAGCUUUGGAGCAAGGACUGGAUCCAUACAACAUGUUUCCAAUCAAAAGCCGUGCUGGGACAAAGGAAGAUCCCAACCUCGUCCCUUCCAUCAAUGAAAAGCGGAUUGUGGGCUGCAUCUGUGAAGAGGACAACAGCACUGUGAUCCAUUUCUGGCUGCACAAGGGAGAAGCCCAACGCUGCCCUUCAUGUGGGACUUACUAUAAACUAGUUCCAAAUGAGCUGAUUUGACUCUUAAGCCUGCAGUGUGCUUUAUUUAUGGUUGGCUAGACUCAAGAUAGAACUGACCAGUCCUUUAGUUCAUGAAGCAAUAUACCAUGUUCUAUAUACACCUAAUAAAGUCAUCUUUUGACUC